AUGAUAACGACACUUGGAAAAAUUCCAAAUGAAAUGUAUUAUUUGGAGGAUACCACUAUCGGUAGAAAAGCUGCAGCUUACGGCACCGAGUCGCGCGUGAUACUCGAUCACAACCGUACGACGCUGGCAACUUCGAUAGAAACCGUUAAACCUAACGAAUAUUCGGAACGCUCGACGUUGCUAAUCAUUUUGCUAACUACACUUCUAGUUAUAUUAUUCAUGUGUUGCAUCACGGCGUGUAUUAUCGCGAGAUCCAGGAGCAAGCGUGCCUUCUUCGCGAAAAGCGACGUCGAAUGCAGCCCGGACUGCAGGGGUGUAAAUCAGCCCUUGCUGAACAAAGCUUCCGAUACGACCACCAGAACUAGUUCGACGAGGAACUGAGGAGAGCCCAUUGCGUCCCGAACAUGAUUAUUCCUCAGCUUCACUGGCAAAACGAAGCGACGAAGCACAACUCGUUGGAGUACUAUUCUUAACCUCAAAAUUGAGUCACAUGCAAAUUGUCGCGACAUACUGAUGCACGAAAGUGCGGGCUUUUAUGUCCGAUAGAAAGGCGGAAUUCUAGUAA